AUGUCAAUUGACGAGCCUGUUACCACCGCCAGAACAGUCCUUGAGGAGUUGAAGAAAACGCCUGUCAAUGUGCAGUCGGAGUGUCGACGACUUUCUCCAGCCUACAUCUUCUACAAUGAGUGUGAACGCGCUUGUGACACCGGAUUACCCUACAAGGAAUGCGUACAACAAUGUGCGCCUGAUGAGUUACAAGAAGGCUGGGUCUGUCGCACCGGAUGUCGGAAGUUGGAUACAGCGAUGAAAAAUCGCUUUGGUGACUGUCCAACCACAACGGAGGCAAUUAUGCCAACUGAGCAGAAUAGGCACUGGAUAAAUUCCCCUGAUAUCCCUUCCACGCCUAUCUGCACUCUCGAUUCAGACUGUGCUGGUGACAAAAUGUGUUGUUCUGGAGCCUGUAUGGUGCCUGUUUUCGGAAAUGACAUUCCACAGCAUGUUCAACUUCCUCAAAUAACUGAAGAAAAUACGCCAAGGUCGUUUGAACUCAGUUGGAACAUUGGAGGUGAAAAUAGGGCAACAUUUGAUGAUCCGGUUUUAUAUGUCCUUCAAACCACAAUACCAGUAGCUCGACUGAGUGAUCCAGAUGUUGGCUGGUGGUAUCAAUAUCGUAUUGCAGCUGUCAAUCGCUAUGGAUCUCGUGGGUUUGGUGAUUCAACUACCCCUCCUGUUCGGGUUACAAGUCAACUUCCACAGGCAGCUUCUUCACCGAGACAACUCAUUGAUGGCGCAUGGAGGUUUCAAGCUGACGGUGGAGUUCAUGUCCGCAUUGAAUGGAAAACACCGGCAUCAGCUGUAAUUCCAGUCACUGAAUAUCAUAUUCAAUGCGCUCCCGAUGACUCCUCUGCUGACAAAACAACCUCUCUUCACAUUGUCCCAGCGAGUCAAACACAUUACCUUCUUCGCGAUCUGAAGACAAAUAUGUCCUACCAAAUUCAGGUUCAAGCGAUUUCCUCCUGGGGUACUAAAACUUUCACUUCUGCGCCAGCAAAACACUUUAUCAUUACACCGGGACUACCGAAGCGAGAACCCUUCUCUCAAAAUCGCCAAUCCACCGAGGAGAAUUCGGGUCACCAUGACUACGGUGGUGACACGCAGGUGGCAUGCAGUUGUGACAGUGUUAAGACACGAGGAGACACCACCAGACCCCAAAUAUCAUCAAAUUUUCAGCCACUGCGUUUUUCCCAACCUAAUGGCGGAGGUCUUACCAUUCGAUUCUCCAACGCUCCAGGAGUCUCCGAUGGUCAGUUUCUAAAGACGAUUCUCACUGUGAAUGAAUUUGCUGAUGCAACGGAUCCUCAACUCCUUAGAGGCGAAAAACUCUCCCCACGACUUUUAACAAUCCAAUGGAAACAACAAGCGUGUAUAGAAACUGGCUCUCAGUUAUCGAAGACAUUUAUGCCUCUCAAACCCCUGGAUGAAUCAGGCACUGGAUCAUCACCACAAAACGAAAACUGCCGCUUUGUUGUGCUUGAGCCAGUACAGCCGGCGACUAUUCUAGGUGAAGAUCGACUAACACGAACUGGACGUGUUGAGGUCUCUUCUUUACAGCUCAAUUGUCAUUACAGCAUCUUUGUGGCGCCACACAAGAGGAAAUCAAAUGAAAAUUCGCAUCAACAGAAUUCGGAACAACCUCCCAUUCCCAUCGGAUGUCUAUGCACUCCCGCUUGCUUCGAUGAUCAAUCUUCACCCUGGGCAACGCAUUUUAGCGAAGACCUAUCACCACCGACCGAUUUGAAGUCUCAACUGCUCUCAGAGUCGGAAUUGGUAUAUAAUGUGUCAUGGAGGCCACCUACAGUUAUCCGCAAUCCUCGCAGUCCACGACAGGAAACACAACCGGAAUUGAAUCCUUCGGAUAUAUUUUACAGGGUGACAUGGGGUCCAGCAAUGGAUAGGCACUUGAACCCACAAAUUCUUCGACUUCUUGCAGAUCCUUAUCCACGACUCGAUCCUACUGAAUCUCAAACUAAGGUUCUGCCGAUUGUAAUGGAAAUACUAGUCAAGGGGGAGGGAGAUACGUGUAGGCUGACAAAAACUUCGUUUCUACUCACAUCUCUACAACCAAACAGUGUAUAUGUCUUCAAAAUACAGUCUAUUCUUCUGAAGCCUUCGAAUCAUCAUUCAGAUGACAUAGUGGACAUCCACUUGGAGAUUAUUAAAUCUAGUGGCGAGGACUAUCUUUACCUUCAAACACCUACUCGAGCUAUAUCUCUCAACGCUUUGAUCCGCGACGCCUUCAUAAAUGCUGCUGGGAGCAGUCGGUUGCAUCGAGAUUCCAUGCUACUAUUUACAGUCAUCAUGUGUAUCGUGUUGUACCGGUAA